AUGGAUGGUGUGGUGGACGUCACGCAAUGUGCCAUCCCUCCUUCUGGUGAAAUGACAUAUAAAUUCAAAGCUCAACCAGCAGGUACUACAUGGUACCAUGGCCAUUAUUUGAAUCAAUAUACAGACGGUCUCAUUGGCCCAUUGAUUAUUCGUCGACAAGUAGAGCCGAAUCAAGAGCACUAUGAUACUGAGCGUAUACUGAUGGUGUCUGAUUGGUACAAUGAUGUUGCACGAACAAAGUUAUUAUCUUGGUAUCUAAGCGCACAAAAUACAGAAGGCAUUGAGCCUAUACCUGAUGCUAUCGUUGUGAAUGGCAAAUUUUCUCAGUCAUUGUUUGUGAAAACAUCUGGUGCAACACGUAUCCGUUUCAGAAUCAUUAAUGCUGCAGCAUUUUCCAUGUAUACUGUUUCAAUCGAUGGAUUACCAUUACAUAUUAUUGAACUUGAUCAAACACCUGUAGUACCAUAUACAGUGUCCUCCUUUGUUAUGAACGUUGCUCAACGGGUUUCUUUUUAUGUGAAUUUAAAUGAAUUUGAUCAAACCUAUGUGCCAACUGAUUUGCCAUCGACAAAAUCAAUUUAUAUUCGAUUCAAAGCUAAUCCAGAAAUGUAUCCAGUUGAUAUUAGCAGCUAUAUUGCUCCAUAUGCAACUCAAUGCCUUCCAUAUCCGAUAUUUUUCAACCCGUUAUACCUAGCUAUAUUAUCAUUUGAUUCAAGUGAUUCGUUGCCUACAUAUCCAGUCAAUCAAGCAACUUCAGAAUCAAGUAAUCAAGAUUCAGAAGACCAACACGAUGUCAAUAUCUUAUGUGCUAGACCAUUCAAUCCAGCCAGCAAUGUAGUUCCCAAUGCAACGCAUUAUCUAAAACUUGUUAUCACAUUUCGUCCGGAUUCGCAUAACAUCACUCGUGGAUAUCUUAACAAUGUCACAUAUAGCUCUGAUGCGAUAAAUGUUAGAAAUAAAGCAAUUUCUAUGAAUGCUAUGAAAUCAGACAAAAUGUUACCGCUACUCUAUCAGAUGGUAGCAAACUCUGCCUCACUUGGUAUUCCGUCUCCAAUCAUCACAAACGACAAUCCAUUACCAGUCAUACAAAGUGACGGAAGUGGACAUUAUCUAGUUCCAUAUCAAGCCGUUGUCGACAUACUUUUGGAGAACACAGAUGAGGGUGAACAUCCAUUUCAUCUUCAUGGUCAUAGCUUUUGGAUUAUAUCAACUUCGGAUAAUCCCCAAGCCGAACAAUUGUAUAGAGGAGCAUACAUACAACGAGAUGUGGUGAGCGUUCCAGCGUCAGGUUGGGCCAAGAUACGAUUUUUAGCAAAUAAUCCGGGUGCUUGGCUUUUUCAUUGUCAUAUUGAGUGGCAUAUGAGUGCAGGACUCAUUCUAGCCUUUCUAGUUGGUCCCAAUGAAUUAUUAGCACAAGACUAUAUGAUUGCGGCCAAUCAAAAGCUCUUUUGUCAAAAAUACUACUGA